AUCACAGACAGCAUAAAUUUACGCGGUCCCUUAAUCUGCCCCUCACAAAGCCGAGCAUCACUUUCAGCAAUGUCUUUCAGGAUGGCUGGAGAAAACAAGUACGAUGAUUUCCAGCACCUCGAACUGGACAGCGAUCAAAAGCAGUGGCAAUCUCACCAGAGUGCAGGCAAUCCAUUCAAAUCAAUCCCCUUUGGAAAAGUACUGAUGUCCCUCAUCUUCAUUCUUCUGGGCGUCAUCCUCAUUGUCCUGAUUAUUGGGGGAGUUAAAUGGUCAGAGGUCAACAGGCGAGUGGAGGAGUUUCCAUCUCAAAACCAGAUACAGAUUUCGCAAGCACUGAAGAACGUUUUGGAGAAAUCAGACCUGAAAGAUAUCAUGCUGCAAUUCCAGGAUGAAGUGACACGGAUGGAGGAUCGAGUUUUGGCUGCAUUUUCGAACAAGAUGACUAACUUCAUGAGCAAGAUAUCCAUGAAAAUCGAAAUGCUGCCAGAACCCGCAUGCCAGAACCUUCAGUGCCCGCGGUAUUGGGUAAACUUCAAUGACAGCUGUUACUACUUUUCAACUCAAGAAGCCUCAUGGAACUCCAGCAAGACAUACUGCUCCCUACGACACUCCUACCUUGUCAGCAUUAACACAGCUGAAGAGCAGCACUUUCUUCAAGUGGAGAGUAACUCUAAAUUAUACUGGAUUGGCCUGCAUGAUCACGAGACCGAGGACAAUUGGCAAUGGGAGGAUGGCACAGACUACAAAACCAAUCCAAAGUUUUGGGAUGAAGGAGAACCCAACAAUGUUGAUGAUGAGGAUUGUGCCCACAUCAAUGAAAAUAGACUGUGGAAUGACAACAGGUGCUCUGUGAAACUCUCCUUCAUCUGCGAGCAAAACAGCAAGCCAAACAAAAUUCCUGAUCAAUUGGAUUGAAUUGAAUUGAAUUUAUUUUCACGUGUACGGAGGCACAGUGAAAAAGGAUGGACAUCGCCGUAAUACACACAAUGUUCUCUGAUUCAGUUAGUUAGCAUUUAUGAUUUAGAGAUGUCGGUGUUGUACUGGGGUGUAUAAAGUUAAAAAUCACGCAACACCAGGUUAUAGCCCAACAGGU